AUGUUAAGUAAUUAUACAAAGUCUUUAAAUGUAAAUUAAUUCUUUGUUUUGAGAAAGAAGUUAAAAAUUUAAAUUAUUUAGUAAUAAUAGUAUGAAACGCAAUAAAUUUGGUUAUACUUUAUUCUUUGAGAGUAGUGAUAAAAUUUAAACAUGUCAAUAAAUAUUUGAUUUCACUGAAUAAUUAUAUCACUCAUAGUUUUAAAUCAAAAUAAAUAUUUGA